AACAAACAUAACAAUGAAACAAACAUUAGACAACUCCCAUCACUCACAGGUUUAUUAAAUGAACAUGACUACGGUACUCGAUCGUAUUUUUACGCCCAAACUGUCAGAAAUAUUCAACAUACAGAAUGAGAAGCAAGCAUAUAUAUGUCAUGCUUUCGACGUAAUUAAGGAGAAAAAAGAGGAUCAUCGAUCCCUCCGGCCUUCACUUCCCACAAUACUGCGCCUGCAAAGUGAAAGAGAAAACUAGAAAAGGGAUAUGGAACCCUUGUUCUUCUUAGUCCUUCUCGUUCAAGUUUGGUCGGUGAGGCCCCAUGAUCAACUCCUAAACAAAAAUAUAUUCAUCUUAGCCGGACAGAGCAACAUGGCCGGACGUGGAGGCGUCGUUGAUGAAACUAUCACCGGCGCCGCUGCCACCUGGGACGGCAUCGUACCUCCCCAGUGCAAACCCAGCCGCUCCAUUCUCCGACUCAGCGCAAACCUCACAUGGGUUUUAGCGCAUGAGCCUCUGCAUGCGGACAUUGAUGUCAAGAAGACAGUUGGGGUUGGACCAGGCAUGGCUUUUGCCAACGCAGUCUUGGCCAAAGACGCCACCUUUGGGGUCAUUGGCCUGGUGCCUUGCGCGGUCGGUGGGACUAAGAUAAGAGAGUGGGGUAAGGGGACUUUCCUUUACAAACAGUUGAUGAGGAGGGCUCGGUCUUCGUUGCAAGAUGGUGGCACUAUUCAAGCGCUUCUCUGGUAUCAAGGCGAGAGCGACACAGUGACAAAAGAAGAUACCGAGUAUAAGAGAAAGCUGGAGAGGUUUUUCAUGGACUUUCGGGAUGAUUUGCAGUCUCCUUUGCUCCCAAUAAUCCAGGUGGCUCUGGCGUCAGGUUCAGGACCUUUUAUAAAGAUUGUUAGAGAAGCUCAGUUGGGAAUUGAUCUCUUGAACCUGCGAACAGUGGACGCCAAGGGUCUGUCACUUGAGCCGGAUGGUCUGCACCUAACCACGCGAGCCCAGGUUCGACUAGGCAAGAUGUUGGCUGACUCAUUCCUUCAUUUCUUACCCACUUCCCCCAUCCUCACCCCCACUCACACUAGUAGUACUGGUCCUCCUAUAAGGUGUUCCAACUUUAUUUUUUACAUUUUUUUGUUAGCUCUUCUAUUAAGAUGCAUCAGGAUGAUCCUAGGAAAUUAAAAACCAGGUUGAAAGAUGUUUAACAUGUACACUUUUAGUCUGUUAGUGUAUUACUUCGAAUUGGGUAUAGAAAAGUGAUGAAUGAAGAUUCUGGAAAAAAAGUUCUUGUUCUUUUGAAUGAUUGUAAGAGACUCCCUUUAUAGCACUGACCAGUUUUUUAAGAAUAUAGGCUCAUAACUAGAACUUUCCUUGAGUCAUUCCAGUUACCUCUGAAUAGGUUGUUCUUUCUUAAAAGGUAAUAUAUCGGAAAAUGUAAACAGGGCACAUGUUUCUGAUUCUGUUUAAGCCAUGUGCAUGAGCCUGGUAUUAUCAUAGAUAAUGUCGGAGUACU